CACCAUGGGCCCUCGGAGUCGAGUCAGGGUGGCCAAAUGCCAGAUGCUGGUCACCAGCCUCUUUGUCCUGCUGCUGGGCCUCCUCGUGGCCACCAUGGCGGCUCUCACCUACUUCGGAGCCCACUUUGCCGUCUUCAGCCGUGUGUCCCCGGAGGGGUCCCCCUACCCGGCCCUGCACCGCUGGGCCUUCUUCGCAGGGAUCAGCCUGGCCGGGCUCCUCGCCCUGGGGGCUGUGCUGAGCGCCGCAGCCACUGUGCGGGAGGCCGGGGGCCUCAUGGCCGGGGGCUUCCUGUGCUUUGCGCUGGUCUUCUGUGCCCUGGUGCAGGGGGCCUUCUGGAGGCUGCAUCACCCCACCCAGGUGGAGGACGCCCUGCUGGACACCUACGACCUGGUGUAUGACCGGGCGGUGACGAGCCCGUCCAGCGCCCGGCGGCAGGAGCUGGCGGCCAUCCACGACACGUUCCUGUGCUGCGGGAAGAGCUCUCCUUCCGGCCUCCUGGGCAGCGCGGAGGCCGACCUGUGCCGGGGACCGGAGGCGGCCACACAGGACUGCCUGCAGGGCGUCCGGCGCUUCCUGAGGACACACGGACACGUCGCCUCCACCCUGACCGGCGUGGGCCUCGCCGUCAUGGUGUACGCCAUGCUGCUCAGCUCCUUCCUCUGGUUCGCCAUCCGCUCCGGCCGCAGCUUGGACCGAAGAGGGACCUAUGCACUGAGGCCCCGAGCCCGAGGCCGCCAGCCCCAGGAGCCCGGCUUCUUCAGGCGCUCUGCGGGGAGCCCCGCCCCUCACCACCUGGACGACCUUUGGGGCCCAGGAGGACCCUCGGGGGACCCUCGGCUGCUCCAGGACAACUGAUGCCGCUUCACAGCCGGGCCGCCCCGUCCCCUCACUGAGCUGUGAGCCGUGCCCUCCACAUGGAGGUGGGACAGGGUCGGGGUCGGCCUCACGCACAGACUCAGUGGGGCAGGCUGGGAAUGGAGUCCCAACAGGGCAGCCAGCCCUGGCCGGUUUGGCUCAGUGGAUAGAGCGUCGGCCUGUGGACUGAAGGGUCCCGGGUUCAAUUCCCGUCAAGGCACAGGCCCGGGUUGUGGGCUCGAUCCCCAGUGGGGGGCGUGCAGGAGGACAACCGAUCCAUGAUUCUCUCAUCAUUGAGGUUUCUAUCUCUCCCUCU